GCAAUGGCUCCUCAAUUUUCAACAAAACAGAGAAUAUUUAUUACUUUGGAAUACAAAAUAUGGUUGAGAACUCCUCCAGUCGUAUGUUUCUUCCCAUUAAGUUUGGAUGUAGUUUCAUACUUGUUCUUUGUCUUGCUGUGCCAAGCAGUCGUGCCACAAGCAUGCAAGCAAAUAUUACUCAGGAGAGUUUGGCAGAAGAUGGUUUUAUUCAGGAUGAAAUGGAAGGUUUUCAAAAUAUCAGUAUCGUUCAAGGAGAAGAGUUCGGUAACACCACAGAACACAAAGGAUUCCUUCAUGGGUUCGUGGAGUCUCUUUCUGUCAUACUGGUUUCUGAGCUGGGAGACAAAACAUUUUUUAUCGCCGCAAUCUUGGCAAUGCAGAACAACAAGCUUCUAGUCUUCCUUGCUGCCAUUGGAGCUCUCGCUGUAAUGACAGUUUUAUCUGCACUGCUUGGAUUUGUUGUAACUACUUUUAUUCCCAGAGAGUACACUUACUACGCCUGUACAGCUAUCAUGUUCCUUUUUGGGUUUAAGAUGUUGUGGGAGGCGUGGAGGAUGUCUGACACUGAGCUGGAGGACACCCAGAGGGAGGUGGAGGAGGAGAUUGCCAGACGAGGUUCCAUCUCGAGCUCAAAUCCCGGUGUUACUGCAGCUGAUGCUGAGGCUGCUGUUCCUAUGACCGAGGCUGGACAGGAGGCCGAGGUUGAUACUGAUGCCUCUACGGAGGUUAAGGAGAAAAAGAAGUCAAUGAGAGAACAAAUCCGAGAGAACUCCUGGUUCGGGAAGAAGUGUUUGAAGAUCUUCAAGGUGUUCACCAACACCUUCGGCAUGACAUUCCUGGCGGAGUGGGGAGAUAGGUCCCAGCUAGCUACAAUUGUGAUGGCUGGUAUUAAUGAUGUAGCUGGAGUAUGUGUUGGAGGAGUUCUCGGCCAUUUUAUUUGUACCGGUCUGGCUGUGCUGUGUGGUGCUCUCAUCGCAAAGAAAAUAUCUGUCCGAAAAGUUACUGCCCUAGGAGCCCUGGUCUUCAUAGGAUUUGCUAUCGCUUCUCUAUUCAUCGAUCCUAACGAGGAGAGUCAUCUUGUCCCAGAUGUAGAGGGUGAUAACCACAAUGCCACAAUAUACAAGGAAAACCACAUUUCUUUUGUAGAAACUACCACAUCUAGGGUAGCUACGAGACAUGCUGACUGACCUACGAAAUCAGAAACCUAUGACCGGCCUGUAAAAACUUCAUCUGUUUUGUAUAAUGUAAACUUAUUGACUUCCUUAAUUUCUUCCAUAAAGCUUUCUACAAACUGGGGCAUUUUUACCCUGUGCCAUACACUGAUCCUUUUAUAUGGAAUAAACUUUUACCACAUUCGAAAAUUGUCGUAAUAAAGAAACAAUUUUUUUAUGAUUAUGCAAAUGGGAUAAAUAUAGAGAUAGCUAAAUAUCCAUAAUGCAAUGUCUAUGAACAUCCUUUUAAGCAGAAUUGAAAACUCAUCUUAGUUUCAUAAAUGUCAUUUUUCUUUAUGAUUUAUAUUAUCAGUAGAAAUUGUAAAUGGACCAUUUGGACAACCUACACAUUUAAGAAAACUUCUUUUUUUCUUUAUUAUUCAAUCAUUUAUUUUUUUAAGUAUUAUAAUAAUAUAAAAGUUCCCUAAGACAUAUUUUGGAACUAUAUUUUUAAAAUAAUGUAAUACUGUAAUCCUUUUUCGGUGGCCAUUUAUAUCUAUUUAUCCAGGUGAAGGCCUAUGUAGUUCAGAUAUAUAUGUAAAAUGUAUAAAACAUGACACUGUUAUAUUUGUAAUGUAUGCCAGAAUAUUGGGAAAUUACAUGGACUUAAAAAGUUGACAUUUCUGGCUAAUCAAUUAUAAUUCCCCCCCCCCCCCCUCACUCAACCUGAACAAUACCGAUGUUUUUCAGUCCAGCCCAGUGCAGUGCCCAUUCUCUCAAGUAAAAUUGUCAAUAACUGUUUAUUGAUUGAUUAUGAAAGGAUAUUAAAUGUAUUUCAUGUAAAUAAAAGAAACAAUAAAUGCUCUAGAAUA